AUGGGUGCCAACCAGUCAAGGCCGUCUGAAGCCAGCGUCAAUGAGAAACUGAUGGAGCGGCUCCAGGCGCUCAACAUGAAAGAUGAUCGUCCCAUGAACGAGAAGGACGGCUUUGUCGUCGUGGGUGGAGAAGCUCCUCCCAAAUACACCCCCGGUGUAAAGUAUCAACGAGAUGUCUCUGCCGCGUCAGUAUCGGAGUGGGAGAAGGAGCUCAUGGAGGACCCCAAGAACCGCCUCGCUCUUGCAGCUCUCAGCUCGAACCCCGCCAACGCCGUUCUAUCCUCGCGAUCAGCCGUCAUCUCCGAUACCCAAAAGUUCAACAUCAAGAUCCCCAUCGAGGGCUCGCCAGUCACCAACCAGGCCGCUUCCGGACGUUGCUGGCUCUUUGCCUCGACCAAUGUAUUCCGUGUCGCCAUUAUGAAGAAGUACAAGCUCUCCGAGUUCCAGCUGUCGCAAUCGUACCUCUUCUACUGGGAUAAGAUCGAGAAGGCAAACUACUUCCUCGAGAGCAUACUUGAUACCAAGAGCGAGGAUAUAGACAGCCGGAUAGUACAAGCACUCAUGGCCAGUCCCGUCGGUGACGGUGGUCAAUGGGACAUGGUAGCCAACCUGGUGAUGAAGUACGGACUCGUGCCUCAAUCGCUAUACCCAGACUCCUUCAACGCAGCCAACUCCUCCACCAUGGACCGUCUAAUCACCACCAAGCUGCGUGAAGACGCAGUCCGCCUACGCCACCUCGCAUCCAGCAACGCCCAACCCGAGGUAAUCAAAUCAGCCAUUGCCAGCGAGAAGGAGCGCAUGCUUCGUGAGAUUCACCUCAUCCUAACCCUCAUGCUCGGCCCCCCACCAUGCUCCACCAAGCCCUUUACCUGGGAAUACUACGACAAAGACGGAAACUUCUGCACCGUCCGCACCCGCCCCACGGCCUUUGCCAAGGAACUCUCUGAUAACAAGACCAUGCGAGCUCUCUCCGGUACAGACGUACACUCCCUCUUUUCGCUCGUCAACGACCCGCGAAACCCGUACAACCGUCUGCUCAGCGUGAAGCGCCUGGGUAACGUCUGGAACGGCCGUCCAGUAACCUAUGUAAACGUCGAUAUGAAGACCAUCAAGGACGCCUGCAUUGCUAUGCUCAAGCGCGGCAUGCCCGUCUUCUUUGGCUCAGAUGUGGGCAAGUACUCGGACUCUACAAAGGGUAUCAUGGACACGGAUCUUUACGAGUACGAGCUGGGUUUCAACAUCAAGCUUGGCAUGUCAAAGGCGGAGCGUCUGCAGACGGGCGAGAGUCAGAUGACGCAUGCUAUGGUGUUGACCGCUGUCCACGUGGUUGAGGGUAAGCCUGUGCGCUGGAGGGUGGAGAACUCUUGGAGUGAGCGUGCUGGUGACAAGGGCUACUUUGUCAUGAGUGAUGCCUGGAUGGACGAGUUUGUCUACCAGGCUGUUGUUGAUCCUAGCGUUGUUAGCGCGGCGGUUAGAAAGGUGCUGGAGCAGAAGCCACGCAUGUUGGAGCUAUGGGACCCCAUGGGUGCGUUGGCUUAGUUACCUGUCACCUCAUGUUUUAUGUAUCUUUUUUGGGGGGUCUCAACACUUGAAUAGGCGCGGAUGGGGAGUUUAGGUAGCUAUAUACGGACUCAUUUAUAUUCUCGGAUGUG